CUAAGGGGGGUGUAACAAGGAGAACGAGCAGCUCUCUCUCUUGAUUUUACCUGAAGAGAAAGAAAAAGGAGGUGGAUAGGUUCGGGGUCCUUCCGUAUGAUCGCACGUUCGUGAAAUAGUAAGCCGAAAGGAACCAAGAUAGAGAGAGAGAGAGAGAAGGAGAAGAGAAGGUUAAAGCCGUGCAUACCAUGGCACGACCAACAGAGAGGAUCAGACGAGGUAGGAAACACGGGCCCGGAACGGUAGGUGCAAUAAGGACGAAGAAACGGUGACGAUGCUUGGUGUGGGCGCGUGUCUGGCAGCUGCCGCUUACAGGUGGUGUGCUUGCUUGGGAACCAACCUCUACGGACCGUUCCCACGGAAGGCCUGUCCCCCACUCCCGGACCCUGACAUCAGCCCCUCGCCCCACCCAGCCGAAGGGUCCUUGACUAUAUAAGCUACAGCCUCGCCCGACAGCCACCACAAUCACGGUGAUCGUUCACGAAGUUCGAGCUGGACACGCGUACCCACUCGUUGCGUUUCCAUCGAAUCGAGCGAUACCCGGUAAUCGUAGAGGAGAUCAUUUCAAAACUGACCUUAACUAUCUGUGCAGAGACUUUUAAGUGUGAUUAACGCGGCUAUCAGUGCAGUUUAUCGGUGUGUGAUCAUCUAUUAAAGGAUUAAUCAUGCAGAUGCACGAGCAAAUGAUGAUGAUCGAUGGACAGGAACAGCCUAUAUCCAGGACUUAUCAAUACAGAAAGGUGAUGAAACCUAUGCUUGAACGCAAACGUCGGGCAAGGAUCAACCGGUGCCUGGACGAACUGAAGGACCUGAUGGUGACUGCUCUAGCUGGCGACGGUGAGAACGUUGCUAAACUGGAGAAGGCUGAUAUCCUGGAGCUGACCGUGCGUCAUCUUCACAAACUCCAAAGGCAGCAAAGACUUUCCGCGAACCCGGUGAUCGACGCUGAUCGCUUCAGAGCUGGGUACACGCAUUGCGCCAACGAAGUCAGCCGUUGUCUAGCAGCCACUCCCGGAGUCGACGUAGCUCUGGGUACCAAGCUGAUGACCCACUUGGGACACAAACUGAACUCAAUGGACAAAACUGGACCUUUGACCAUCCACGUGGCAGCGCCUCAAUCUUCUCCAUCAUCCAGCAGCGAACUGAGCUCGGACGAAUACUCCAUGCCUCUGACACCGGCCUCCAGUCAACCUUCUCCGGUUCGAACGGACGUCGAGGGCAUCUCGCAGAGCCACCAAGGUCUUCUCCAGGUCGCAAAACCCAACGAGCCGAUCUGGAGACCCUGGUAAUGGGUAUCGGCCAAGGGACUUGAACGGGCAAAACCGUCGUACCCGGUGAACCGAGUUCUCAAGACCGGUGCAGGUUUGAUCGCCGGUCGCGAAGAGGGAAUGACCAUUGAUGGACGAGAGAACUGGUCCGUCUCGUGGAAGAACCAUUUACCGGUGUUGCAAUUUUCUCUGUGAUCUGAGCGAGUUACUCGCGCAUCCUCGAGACGAACGUCGUGACGGAGAAGAGGAUUUCGAUUCGGACGAGAUGGUUCGAAGGAUAGACUUAAAAUUUUGCUCAAGACACUCGAAGUGAAAGAAACUUAUCUGUUCUCUUUUUUCUUUUUUUCUUCUCUCUAUUGUAAUAUCUUCGUCCGUUAGGGCAUAGAUUGUACAUGUUAAUUGAGCGUUGUAUUAGUAGGAUCUCGAUGUAACGACACGCCCGCAUACAAGGAUGCGGCUCGAAGCUUUAAUUUACUUGACGGUUAGAGUUUUCUAUUGUUUAUUUCAUAAGUUCUAUCGAGAAAGUUUUUAUUUUGUCCAUUUUGGCGGCAAAGGGAUUCGAAUACAAACGUCGAUUCGUUUUCCCGCCAAAUGCGUUGUUAUAUAAGAAUCUUCUCGGCCAAUGAAUUAUAGAUUCGACGCGAUUGUUUAAUGAUCGGAAACUGACGACUGCUUGUGUAUAUGGCCGAGCAGAGGAUAUUGUGAUAAAGAAACGUGGUACCUGUGAUAUUUACUGUAGACGUAGGGAAAUUAUGCUAGAUUUUUAAUAAACAUGUUUCAUUGAUAAAA